AUGAUCCCUAGCACUGUCUUGAGCGUCUGGGCCGCGCUGCUUGCUGUGACAACCGCUUCUCCCAUCGACAAAAAUGCCAGGAAUACCCUCCUGAGGCGUAAAGCUCCCGCCAAGAUGAACGUAUGUGCCCCCGAAAGAGACCUAAAGUGGCAGCCUGCCAUGGAUUUCGACAUGGACAGCUGCUACAACACGCCCGCCGUCGACCGCGACGGCAACCUCAACCCGGGCCUCUCCGUCUGCGGGACGGCGUCGACCGCCGGCGGCUGCCGCGACGGGCCGGACCUCGGGAACAGCAACGUGUACUCGCGCGCGCGCUGCAACAACGGCUGGUGCGCGUACUUGUACGGCUACUACUUCGAGAAGGACCAGGUGACCGUCUGCCUCGGGCACACGCACGACUGGGAGCACGUCGUCGUCUUCGUCGAGGGCGGCGCGCCGAGGUACGUGUCCGUGUCGGCGCACGGGCGGUACACGACGAGGCCGUGGGGGGACGUCCUCGUCGAGGGCACGCAUGUCAAGGUCGUCUAUCACAAGGACGGGCCGGGGACGCACGCUUUCCGGUUCGCCAAGGCGGAGGACGAUGCGAGGCAGGAGAAUCACCUUGGGAAGUGGUUUUACGGAGACCUCGUCGGAUGGAACGGCUUCCCAUCCACCGCCGUCCGGGACAAAAUGACGGGCAAGUCUUGGGGCAAGGCCAAGAUCGACUUCACGGACGAGCGGUUCGGAGACAACCUGAAGAGCGCCAUCCAGGCCCAGGGCAGCACGCCGUACAUUAUCGACAUGGACGCGGACGUGGACGACGCGUCUCCCGGCAUGCCUGCCCAUUGCCCGAACCACUUCCGGCGGGUAGAAUGA